AUGAUACCUCGAGCGGCUCCCGCCUCGUCCCUCUCCCAACUCUCGGCCCGUUCGCUCCGUGCCCAGGGGGCCGCCGCCCGCUCCUUCGCAACGGUGCAGGAGGCGCCUCCCGUGCGGCAUCAUGGCGGGCUCCAGGACCAGGACCGGAUAUUCACCAACCUCUACGGCCACCAUGGCGCGGAUCUGAAGUCUGCGAUGAAGUACGGUGACUGGCACAAGACCAAGGAGAUUGUUCUGAAGGGCCACGAUUGGCUCAUCUCGGAAAUCAAGGCGUCGGGCCUCCGUGGCCGUGGUGGAGCUGGUUUUCCUUCUGGAUUGAAAUAUUCGUUCAUGAACUUCAAGGACUGGGACAAGGACCCGCGACCGCGUUAUCUGGUCGUCAACGCCGAUGAGGGUGAGCCCGGUACUUGCAAGGACCGCGAGAUCAUGCGCAAGGACCCGCAGAAGCUGAUCGAGGGUUGCUUGGUGGUUGGCCGUGCCAUGAACGCCAAUGCGGCCUACAUCUACAUCCGUGGCGAGUUCUACCACGAAGCCACCGUCCUCCAGCGGGCCAUCAACGAGGCGUACGAGGCCGGCCUGAUCGGCAAGAACGCCUGCGGCACCGGAUACGAUUUCAACGUGUACAUCCAUCGGGGAAUGGGCGCCUACAUUUGCGGCGAGGAGACAUCACUGAUCGAGUCGAUUGAGGGCAAGGCUGGCAAGCCGCGUCUCAAGCCUCCUUUCCCUGCUGCCGUCGGCCUGUUCGGAUGCCCCAGCACAGUCACCAACGUGGAGACGGUCGCCGUGACGCCAACGAUUAUGCGACGAGGUCCCAGCUGGUUCUCGUCGUUCGGUCGCGAGCGUAACGCUGGCACCAAGCUGUUCUGUAUCUCAGGCCACGUUAACAACCCCGUCACCGUCGAGGAGGAGAUGUCCAUCUCGCUGCGUGAGCUGAUCGAGAAGCACUGUGGUGGUGUCCGCGGCGGCUGGGACAACCUUUACGCCGUCAUCCCCGGUGGCUCGUCGACUCCCGUCAUCCCCAAGUCGGUGGCCGACAACCAGCUCAUGGACUUCGACGCCCUUAAGGACUCGCAGACCGGUCUGGGAACUGCGGCCGUGGUCGUCAUGGACAAGUCCACGGAUAUCGUGCGCGCCAUCUCUCGUCUGUCCAGCUUCUACAAGCACGAGAGUUGCGGCCAGUGCACCCCCUGCCGUGAGGGCAGCAAGUGGACCAUGCAGAUGAUGCAGCGUCUCGAGACGGGCAACGCCCGCGAACGCGAGAUCGACAUGCUCCAGGAGCUCACUAAGCAGGUCGAGGGCCACACAAUUUGCGCCCUGGGUGAGGCUUUCGCCUGGCCCAUCCAGGGUCUCAUCCGUCACUUCCGUCCCGAGCUGGAGGCCCGCAUCCGCGAGUACCAGAAGGAGCUGGGCACUUCUCCCUACGCCGGUGGCUGGCACCCGGACAGCCGUGCUGAGGGCAAGCUGAUCUCCCCCGGCAUGUAA